AUGCCUACGACUGGGAAUGGUUUACAACAGCUUGGUAGUAAGAUGAGGGAGUUAGGGCUUCAACUAAGUGCAUGGCAUCGAACUGAGUUUAACAAACAACAAACUGAGAUGAAGGUGAUUCAGGAAAAACUUAGGGACUUAAUGAGGCAGCCCCAUUCAGUUCGGGCCUAUGAGGAGCAAAAACUCUUGCACGUUCAGUAUAGCCAACUACUGUCCUCUCAGGAGAAAUAUUGGAAGCAACGGUCCCGGGCUUUGUGGUUGAAAGAGGGCGACAGGAAUACUGCCUAUUUUCACCGGAAAGCAAGUAAUCGACGGAGUAGAGAUAUGAUCAGAGGAUUGCUUGAUGAGAACGAUGUUUGGCAGGUGGAACCGCAGGAAAUCAAACGCCUUCUUUCGUCGUAUUGUCAAGGAAUUUUUUCAGCUGACCAGGUCAAUGUGGAAUCUUUAGAAACUGUGGUAGCUGCUGUGCCACGCAAAGUAACAGAUGAGAUGAACCAUGCUCUGUUGGCUUCAUACACUAAUGAGGAGAUCAAAAAAGCAAUAUUCCAAAUGCACCCGUCGAAAAGUCCUGGGCCGGAUGAGGAUGAAUGUGUAAGGUACAGAUUGAUUCUUGAUACUUAUGAGCAGGCCUCAGGACAACAAGUUAAUUUCCGGAAGAGUAGUGUUGUUUUCAGUAAUAAUGUGCAGGAGGCUCGACAACAUCAUUUGGCAACUAUUUUGGGGGUGAAUUGUGUCAAGGAACAUGAUAAGUAUCUUGGGCUGCCUAUAAGGGUGGGCAGGUCAAAAACUGACAUCUUUGCAUACAUUAAAGAAAGGUUGACAAAAAAGUUGGUUAACUGGAAGGCGAAGAUCCUAAGCUCGGCGGGAAAAGAAAUUCUUAUCAAAGCAGUGGCUCAAACCAUGCCAUUGUAUGCCAUGAACUGCUAUUUGCUGCCAAAAACCUUGUGUGAUGACAUUCAUCAACUAUGUGCAUCUUUCUUUUGGGGAGACACUGAUGACAAGAAAAAGAUUCAUCGGAGGAGUUGGGAGAAACUGUGCCUAACCAAACUCGAAGGUGGAAUGGGUUUUAAAAACAUAUUUGCUUAUAAUUUAGCAAUGCUUGGAAAACAAGGGUGGAGAAUACUAUCCAAUCCUCAGUCGUUGAUAGCUCGGUUAUACAAGGCCAAAUAUUUUCCUACUUGCUCUUUCUGGGAGGCAGAAGUUGGGGAAUCUCCAUCUUUCUCUUGGAGAAGUAUUUUAAGUGCCAGACCACUACUUAAAGCUGGGGUACAGUGGUGUAUUGGAGAUGAGACCCAAGUCAGCAUUUGGAAUGAUAGGUGGGUACCAGAGUGCCCGCAGUAUUUGAUCCAAAAACCUCAGGAUUGUGUUUUUGAGCUUGUGACGUCGGACUUAAUUGAUGAAAAUGCAAGGCAAUGGAUUCCAUAG